UGAGCAUCCUCGAGCUUAGCGCGUAGAGAGAAGCGGCCAAGCCAGUGAGCAGAGAGGUGCGGCGCUAGUAACAAUGGCAGGCACGGCGUUGGCGGCCAGGGCGCGGCUCGGCGUACUGGGAAUGAGAGCCAUGCAAACCCGAGGCUUUGGUUCGGACCAGUCCGAGGAUGUUGACAGACGCGCUGGAGCGAUCCGGGAAGCCGGUGGGGCCUUCGGGAAGAGAGAGCGGGCUGAAGAGGAACGAUACUUCCGAGAGAAGACUAGAGAACAACUGGCAAUCUUGAAGAAACAUCAUGAAGAUGAGAUCAGUCAUCAUAAGAAGGAGAUUGAACGUCUGCAGAAAGAAAUUGAGCGGCAUAAGCAGAAGAUUAAACAUCUACACAAUGAUGAUUAAGUGCACACAGUUCCCCAUAGAAUGGCAUAUAUCAUUGCCCACUUCUACAUAAACAUAAUUCUGGUUUACUUAAUUGUUCUGUGUGUUGCCAGUAGAUAAUAAAUGGUCAUUAUCGAA